AGGCAAGCUUUGGACAUCAUGCCGGGCAUGCGCGUUACGUCCUGUCCCUGCCCCUGGCUCGCGUUUCCCGUCAGCUUGGUUGCGCAGGCUCACUGAAGAGUCGGUGUGAUGGCGGCCGCGGUGUUGGCCGAAGGCUCGGCGGUGCCCGGUUAUACUGGCGUUAUUCAUAACGGUCAUGCAGUGCCCUCUACCUCUGGAACUAGUGUGGGGCCUGCAGCUUGGAACCGUUCACUAGAAAGGGCUCUCGAGGAGGCUGCGGUGACCGGGUCCCUGAAUCUAAGCGGCAGGAAAUUGAGAGAGUUUCCGCGGAGCGCAGCGAGACAGGAUCUAAGUGACACAACACAAGCGGAUCUGUCUCGGAAUAGAUUAUCUGAGGUUCCUGCCGAAAUCUGCAACUAUGUUUCUUUGGAGAGCCUAAAUCUUUACCAGAACUGUAUCCGCUAUGUGCCGGAGGCCACUCUCAACUUACAAGCCUUAACCUUCAUUAAUCUCAGUCGGAACCAACUGACUUCACUUCCUGGGCAUCUCUGCAGCCUUCCACUCAAAGUACUUAUUGCAAGUAACAACAAGCUUGACUCAUUGCCAGAGGAGAUCUGUCAUCUGAGGCAUCUGACUGAGCUGGAUGUAAGCUGCAAUGAGAUCCAGACACUUCCUCAGCAGGUUGGUAAAUUAGAAUCCUUACGGGAUCUCAACAUUAGGAGAAAUCACUUGGUGCGGUUACCAGAAGAACUUGCAGAUUUACCAUUGGUGAGACUGGAUUUUUCUUGCAACAAAGUGACCAGUAUCCCAGCAUGCUAUCGAAAUCUUCGUCACCUCCAAACCAUUGUCUUGGAUAAUAAUCCCCUCCAAACCCCUCCAGCACAGAUCUGUAUCAAAGGUAAAAUCCAUAUAUUCAAAUACCUAAACAUAGAGGCUCUCAAGAAUGCUUCAGAGCUCCCAGAGUUUGAUCGAAGACCCUUAGGGUUUAGUUCUUGCCAUGAUGAUGUGUAUCCUGGCCGUACGUAUGGUGCUUUGGACUCUGGAUUUAACAGUGUUGACAGUGGUGAUAAAAGAUGGUCUGGAAAUGAGCCCACAGAUGAAUUUACAGAACUUUCUUUUCGAACAACGGAUGCAAAUAGAGAGCAGAGGCUUCGAAGAGAUCAUCAAAACCAAGAUUCCAGGGGCAGUUCACUCAUUGCAAAUGGAGGAGUGGAGCACGACUUGGAUCAGAUAGACUACAUAGAUAGUUAUACUACAGAAGAAGAAGAUGAAGAUGUGAGGCACUCCAGAGGAGACAGUCUAAGCUCACAGUUCAUGGCAUAUAUAGAAGAGAGACGAGUGUCACAUGUGAGCUCCCCUUCUAAACAGACACAAGCAAGAGAACAGCAAAGGUCAGAGGAGUCUAGAGGACACUUAUACCACAACAGAACCCAAGAGGAACUGAAGAGACCUGAAUCUUUGAGUUUAAUACAAAGUAAACACAGACAACCGUCCCCACGCAGACAAAGUGACAGAUCCCAGGUAGAUGCUUCGUAUCUUCUAUCAUUGUCAAAUAGUCCAAAGCAGACAAAAUCAGACAGACAUAGAAGAGAGAUUUUAGAAAGCACCAGGAGAGAGGCACAACUGGCGGCUCAACAAUACGAAGAGGAGAGGAUAAGAGACAGGCUUGUACAUACAGACUCUUUAAAACAGAGAACAUUGAGUCCAGAGAAGCAGAGUCCACUGGACAGUGAGUGUCCCCUCCCAUCCAGACGCUCCCAGCAUACAGAUGAUAGUGCCCUUUUAGUGAAUGGCUUUGAGCCACACUUUGUCUUUGAGAUUGACAAUAACACCAAUACCAUUAAAAGGAGGCCAGGAAGCCACAUGCAGAGUGAUGAGAGGUCCUCGCUGACUCCCAUAUCACCCACUUCUCAGACUGUACAUUUGUCAUCACCAUCUAUUACGUCAUAUCGAAGCUCUCCUCAGCGUCCAGAAAGUUUCUUAUUCCGGGCUGCUGUUCGAGAAGAUGUCAAGAGAAGUAACACACCACCUCCUCCUCCUACUAGUGAUAGUACAAACUCCAGAUCAGAACACCGUUUCAAAGUUAGACAAGAGGAAUUAGAAGUCACAGAGCAACUAAGAAAGAAUAUAGAGUCGCGGUUAAAGGUAUCCCUUCCCAGUGACUUGGGAGCUGCUCUCACCGAUGGUGUGGUUUUGUGUCAUUUAGCCAACCAUGUUCGACCAAGAUCUGUGCCGAGUAUACAUGUUCCAUCACCUGCAGUUCCAAAGCUCAAAAUGGCAAAAUGCAGGAGAAAUGUGGAAAAUUUCCUUGAAGCCUGUAGGAAAAUUGGUGUUCCCCAGGACAAAGUUUGUCUCCCUUCAGACAUUCUCCAGCUAAACCUCUGCAGCGUUAAGGGGACUCUGGAAAGUCUCCUCUCCUUUGGAGAAGGCUCACAAGCACCUGCUCUUUCCUUCCACUUCCUGGGCUUUGGGGUUUUCUACUGCACCCUUAUGCUUCUCCUCUUCAUGCUCUAUAGCUGGUUUCUUACCUUCUGGACCCAGGCAUGAAGAGAAAGGGGGAUCAGCUUACUAACUGUUGAUGGGGUGGGUUUUUUCUUGAUCCUGCAACUAUUAAUUCUUCUGUAAAACUCUGAAGCACAACAUCAGUGUUAACACUUUACUGUGAAAUAUUCCUGAACUGUAAUCCAGGGCCAAUGAACAUUAUUACCCAUGGAUGCAAAUAUUACAACCUCUACAUCUGUGAGCUAAGCUGCACAGCCAGCUUUAACUACUGCAUAGCCAAAUAAUAACCUGCUGGUGUAACCUUUGACCAAUAGCUGCAUAAUGUGGUUAUACACAGUUUGAGGCAAAUGCUUAAUUUUACAUUAAGAAGAAAGGAACACCUUAUAAACAAAAGAGCAAAUGGACUGAAGGUCUUCGGUUUAGCAUCUAAUUUCUCAAGCUGGCUGCACCCUUUAUGUGCCUUCAUGCCAAUGUGGCCAGUAGUUGUUUUCAAAGUACGAUAAAAAAAAAAUGGUUGCAUUCUGAGGACACAUGGGAAUACCCUAUACCAAAGGCUUACUAGUCUGACUGAAAUGAAGACUAACAAAAAGGGCUCAAUUGUAUUAGCACAUGCCGUCACAGCAGGAAUACUAAAUUGAACGUUCUAGGCUCAUAAGAAAUACUUAUACCUAUACACCUAUAUAACCUAGAAUGGAGUGCGGCUCUAUAAGAACCAUUUCUAAUGGACACAGCCAAUCCAUUCAUCACAUGGUCGACCAUUGAUUUGAAUGACUGGCAUGUUCCAUUUUAACAGCUGAUCUUUCUUAAUAAUGUUUGUUUCCAUGAAACAACCUAUUAAUGGACUUAUGAGACAGCGAAGCUUUAAAUAAAGAUACAGCCCCAUUACCUAGAUCAGGAUUCUGAUGCUUUCUUAGUACUUGUGGUUGAGUUUCAGGAGCCUUUGACUGAAUGACUCUGCUACCAAUUCUAGACUCAUAUAACCUUUUCAGUGUUUGGUGCCUCCUGCUGUUUUCAACAGUAUCCAGCAACAAUAUGACUUAAAGACCAAAUGUCCUCUGAUAUAUAGGGAUCAAGUAUGGGCCAGAUUUCGAUUUUAACCUGUCUGAUCCCUUGUUUGUUUCAAGGAUAAGCUAGAGGUUUAUAUUCCUGUUGCCACUGAAAGAACAUGGAUGGAGUUACGAAACCUGUUGGUUGACAAGUAUCUUAAUUUAUAGUAUACACAUUAUUAAUCUGACAAACCUAUUGAUCUGUAAUGGAUAAUAUGUUCACACCACGUUUGGAGUAUAAAUUGGGUGUACACACUAGUGAAAGCACAUGUCAUGAUGACAGAAGCAGUAUGAAAUGGUGUAGUAGACUAUUCCAUACAAAGGUAUAUUUUGCGUUUUCUUUUCCCCAACUUGUGCUCCACAGGUGAUGUUAACAGAGCCUAAGAGGGAUCUUCUUAGAUGUGAAAGAUGCCUGUUUGCUAUUGCUAAUUUACAUUGAUGAGCCACUGAGAGUGCACGUGUCCUUUUUCAUAAUCAGUCCUCUGUAGCCCAAUACUGUAGCGUAAUCUCCAUGCAGAUAAUCUGAGGACUGUGUAUGGUGAACUCCAUCUAAAAUCCUUCUUUGGCAUUGAGGGUUAAUAAAGAUUUUGCUCAGUGGUGUUACUUUAUAUGUUGUUUUACCUUUGCUAGAGCAGACUAGGUGUCUCAAUAGGCCUAUUUAACAAUGAAGCCAAAGCAGUGCUGCACCUAUUUCACACUUGGCUCAUCAACUUGUAUGUGUGAUACAUAUAUUAACAACUAAUGCUUGUUCCUCUGAAACACUAGGCUGUGUAUUUAUGCAUUAAAGCAAUAGAAAGUACUCUUGAAGUACAUUAAGCUAAAAUUGAUUGCAAGAUAGCUAUAUGCAGUGUAGACAAAAUAGCAGGCUUGAUGCAUCACACUCUACCUCAACUGAGAAGAUUAAUGUCAAGCACCGUGCUAUACUAUUUAAUGCAUCUGUACAAACUCAGGCCCCAUUCCGUUCACUUUACAUUUUGUGCCCUCCAUCAGGCUGUACGUCGCAUCCUGUCAAAAAGGGAUGUCAAUGUCCAGCCGUUGCCAGUAGGGCCAUAGACUUCAACGGUACAAACACAGUCUAAUUGUGACUAUUUACAGUCCAUUUCCCAAACAUACACUGUGCGGGACUCCAUAUGGUAAACCAUAUUUUUUAAUCCUGCACAUGCAGAAUAUACUUGUGGGACAUAAACCGAGCUUGGUAACAAUUAGACGAAAAUUGAUUCAUUGAAGUCUAUGGGCCUGUUGGAACAUUUUGGAAUGCACAUUGGCAUCCUUAUGUGACAGAAUACAUAUGUACAGCUUGGCAGAGGGCUUAACUAAAAUGAACCUCCCCCAGAAUGGUGUCAAGCACUGUUCUAAAAUUGAAUGAUUUACAAAGCUACAUCAUAGGAAUGUAAUAGCUGGACAGGUUUAAGCAGAAUUUUAGCAUUUAAACCCAGGUAACUUUGAUUGGAAACAUUUGAUUUAUCUCUGAAAUGAGGACAGAUUGUUUUUCAGUUGUUUUUUUAAUUAUAUAUAUAUAUAUCUUAUUGAGAUGUAUUGUAACUGGAUGAGACCAACUGAGAGGCUUGUCUGCCUUAUCUAACCAUAUCAGUGCUGCAAAAAGGUUCUGUUAGGUUAGAAGCUUUAGGCUGGGGCUACACUGAAAGGAUCAUAAAUGUUUUCAUCUAAUUAGAAAUUGAAGUAAUAGUGAGGUCCCUUGCAAUUAGGGCUGCAGCUAACGAUUAUUUGAAUACUCAAUUACUCUUUGUGUUGAUAAUUUUAUCGGAAUAAAACACCAAAAAAAAAAAAGAUUUAACUCCUUAACGACAAUGGAAGUAAAUGUACGUCAUGGUGCUGUGGUACUUAACGCACCAUGAUGUACAUUUAAGCUCCGCCAUGACAGCGAGCAUCGGACCGGUGUUCGCUUCAUGCACAGCAGGUCGCGGCUGCUAUCAGCAGCCAGGGACCCACCGGUAAUGGCAGUAAUCCACGAUCGCACAAAUGUCUGCCAUUAACCCCUCAGAUGCCAAGAUUAAUAAGGCAGUGCGGUAAUUUCAAUGUAAAGUGUAAAAACAAAAUGCAAAAAAUUAAAAGUAAAAAAAUGUUAACAAUCCCAUCCCCCAAUAAAAACGUAAAUCAUCCAUUUUUUUAAAAAGUCCAAAAUUGCUGCAUUUUUGUUACAUUUUAUUCCCAAAAAAAUUAAUCAAAAGUAAAACCUAAGCAAAAGUGGUACCGAUAAAAACUACAGCCCUCAUACCGCCCCGUAUACGGGAAAAAUGAAAAAGUUGUAGGUUGUCAAAUUAGGGCUAUUGCAAACAUUUUUUUUAAGCGGUACAAUUAUAGAAAAGCAUAUAACAUGGGUAUCAUUUUAAUCGUAUUGACCCACAGAAUAAAGAAAACAUCUCAUUUUUACCAUUAAGUGUACAGCGUUAAAACAAAACCUGCUAAAUUGCGCUUUUCUUUUCAAUUUUCCCACAUAAAAUAUUUUGGGUUGCGCCGUACAUUUUAUGAUAAAAUAAGUGAUGGCAUUACAAAGUAAAAUUGGUGAUGCAAAAAACAAGCCCUAAUAUGGGUCUGUGUAUGAAAAUAUAAAAGAGUUAUGAUUUUUAGAAGGCGAGGAGGAUAAAAUGAAAAUGCAAAAAUAUAAUUGGCCUGGUACUUAAAGGGGUUAUCCAGGAAAAUACUUUUUUUUUAUAUAUCAACUGGCUCCAGAAAGUUAAACAGAUUUGUAAAUUAGUUCCCUGAUACAAGAAUGAGAAUUAAUAAUAAUAAAAACUGGAUCGUGCUUCAAUUAAAAUAUGAAAAUGUAUAUUUAUUACACUGUUUAAAAUAUGUAUAAUUUUAUGUCAGUAUAUCUUCUAAGCACAGGGCCCUUGUGCCGAGGGAAUUAUAUAAAAUAGAAUAAAAAUAACAAUAUCAACAAACACCGAUAACUUGCAUAGAAAAUGUAUAGGAAUCGAACAAUUUUAAUGUCACUUUGGAUGAUCCGGCCUCCGGUGAUCCGGAAAGUGAGCUAAAGUCCUAUAAAUGUUGUAAAUUCCAAAACAAUAUAGGUGAAUAGGGUAAAUUUAUAAUUACCAGUCUGCAAUAUACUUGUCACCUGCAUAGAAAAUGUAUAAGAUAACGUAAGUCCAGGUGACAAGUUGAUUGCAGUCUGGUAAUUAUAAUAUAUCCUAUUCACCUAUAUUGUUUUGGAAUUUACAACAUUUAUAGGACUUUAGUGUAAUAAAUAUACAUUUUCAUAUUUUAAUUGAAGCAUGAUCCAGUUUUUAUUAUUAUUAAUUCUCAUUCUUGUAUCGGGGAACUGAUGCUAACUUUGAGGGGUUGGCUACUGUUUAAACAAUUUCUUUGCUAUUCCCGAACCCCUGGUGUAGGUGUAUAGCCCUCUUACCUCGGUUAGCUAAUUGUAAUUUUUACAGAUUUGUAAAUUACUUCUAUUAAAAAAUCUCAAUCCUUUCAGUACUUAGGAG